AUGUUACAGAUUGGCUUCGUUAACAUAGCAGAAAAUGACAACUUCCAGGAAUUGCUAUUAGUCGUUCAUGGUUUAAUAUUUAGCCCUAAAGGCCAUCCUGAGGCUGAAAACCAACAUCACGACUUCUCCAAAUGGUUUUCAUUUGAGAUAAGCCACCGAGGAGAAAUAAGGAAAGUCUACCAUCCAACUGAUGAAGAAAAUGAAGUUCUCAUGAUCAAAAAAGGAUUUGCGGGCAUGCUGUCCAGCAAACUCCAUCAUCGUCAUGAGGUGGAAGAGGGAGGAAAUGAACAUGAAAGCUGGGGAUACAAAACUGACGAAUUUGGAAGGGAAGGUCAGCACACCGCAUCUUACACAGUUCGCAAAACUUCAAAGGGGUAUGAGUAUAUUAAAACAAGAAAUUCUACAAAGAUUCAGUCAGUAAAUGGAAAUGGAACAUAUGCAAAGAUGCUACAUUUCAAUGAGGACUUGAACACUAUCCACAGUGUUAUGAUAGAAGAAGAAAUUAGUAUUGACUUUUCUACAAAGUCCGAGUUUGACCCUUUCCACGGGAUGAGACCAGUCCAUGCUGUCUCAGGCUUCUCUGAUAUGGGCUUUCCACAGGUAACUGCCAGCUCAAAAGACAGACUAGUAUUUUUCAAGAAAAGAGAAUUUUCCGCAGAAUCUGAAAAACCUCUAAACAUUGAAACUGGAAGCAUCAGUCACACAAAGAAGAUUAAAAAGCGAGCUGCCUACCAAACACGAAGUCAAAUUCAGAACGCAAAGGCUUAUAUUUCUGGCAAUCUGACAUGCAUCCGCCAACAACCGGAACAAGGCUCACCGGAACUUGGCAUAUGCUUUCAUAAUCUAAUCAGAACUCUUGAACAAAUGACUGAGUCAGAUGUUGAGGAAGUUGCAAAUUCAUACUUUCUUACUUUAUCAAGAAAGAACAGAGAAAACAGAAAUACCAUGGCAGAUGCUUUUAUAGCACUAAACAACCAAAAUGUUAUUGUGAACAAAGUGCUAAACAACCUCCAAACAGAUGAACCUCUUCUUAUGAGAGUUCUUCAAUCACUCACAGCUUUAGACCAUGAGCCGAAUAUGGAAAUGCUGACGACUAUUGAGAAGUUUUGCUUCAAGGGCAAGAGGUCUGAAAGUAUACCCCUCUCGAAAGAAAUCAGACGAGUGUCCUGUUUAACAUUUGGAGGAUUGGUUGGUAGUGUGAAGAAAUACGGUCAAGUGAAACACGCUGAAAAUCUUGUACAAUAUCUUCACAACGAACUUGGAUUACACGAUCCAUGGAAUUUCAAGAUGAAGAGAUCGGCAAUGACAGAGGUUGAAUGUGUAGAAUAUGAUCACAACAAGGUUGUCAUGCUUGAUGCUAUCGGCAAUGCAGGGUUACAAGUGUCGUACGAGCACAUUGUGUCACAUGUAAAUUCAACAAACUCGCAGUGGAUUAAACGUACAGGAAUUCACGCUCUAAGGAGUUUCCACGAUGCAAAUACACUACAUGAGCUAGAAAAAGUUGCACUAUACGACGAUGAUGAUAUAGUUCGUUAUGAAGCUCUCCUGCAAUACCAGGCUCAUCCACUAGCAAUUGCAGAGAGCACUGGCAAUGGAACUGGACUUGCACAUACUGGAAUCGCUAAAAGGUCAAUAUUUGACGCAAAACUUGCAUUUCGACUUGAAGCUCCAGGUGUAGACUGGCGCAAACAAAUUGGCUCAAGUUCGAUUGGCGCUUCGUUUGGUUUGAUAAUGGAAAAUCUCCUUGAUCUACAGAUGUCCUUGAUAAAAGGAAGUAUAGAUGUAAGGGUACAUGAUGAAGCGUAUGUAAAGAUCCAUUUGGGAUAUAUAGGCAUCAACAUGGAGUUCUUUCUAGCAAGGAUUUGUUUCAAAGGGGGUGCAAAGUAUGCUCUUAAUAUAUUAAAGGAACUAGAUCCAAAACUGGGAUUCGACCUUAUAAAGCAAUUCACAAGCAUAGUAAACAAAGUUGUGGGUGCUGUGAAACGAGGAGUAGAGGCAUUCAAGAGAAUCAUAUCUACUGACUUUUCAUUGAAGGAUAUCGUUGAUGAUUUUGUAGAAGCGGUGACGGAAAUACCAAAGAAGAUAACACAUCUUGCCAGCAAUAUAUACAAUGUCAUGAAAAAACUUGCAACUUUCAAACUAGACAGUCUACCUCCGUUUAUAAAACCUGUGAUGAAAUUCAUCAAUGCAGUAGUUAGUCUUUAUGAAAAGGUCAAAGGAGAUGUAAUGAAGUUAUACAAUUCAAUAGUUCAGGCCGUUCAAGUAGUUAUCCCACAAGCAGCGAAGGAUGUAUUUAAGGCGGUGCAAGAUAUAAUCGGCGGAUUCAUGAAAAUCUUUAAAGACCCCAAAACAUCACUGUUCAAGAUAGGUGCAGGGGUGAUCAGUAUAUAUACGAACAUCAACAUUUUGAAUGACACGAAAAAUGAAAUAAUGAAUCAUACAUUCAUCACUGAAGGAAUCGGUCCUUAUUGGAGUGAUCUAACAGCGGAAGUUGAAAAUCUCGUUGACCUUUAUCGCGACGCUGCAGAUGCAAUCAGAGAAAAAGGUGGCGACUGGCUUCGUGAAACUGUUGAAAAUGACAUAGCUGAAAAGGUUACUAAAGGGAAGACCACUCUUAGAAAGAUCAAACAGAAAAUUCAAGCUGAAAUUGAAAGAGAAAUAAAAUCACUAAUGGCACCUCUUGACUCAUUGCGGAAUAUAGGUGGAGGCUAUCUGAAAAACUUUGAAAUUCUAUUCGACACGUUUAAAGAUCUGAAAGACGCAUAUGAAUCGCUAAAGAAAGGGUAUGAAUUCGCAAGGUCGUUAGUAGAUCGCAUAUUUGGACCAAAGUUUCACAAGGAUUUUCCUCGUGAAAAACGUGUGAAUGGUGGUGGAUGUAGCGGGGAGGGAUUUUAUCCUGCAAGUCUAGGAAAUGGAAACACUGAAUACGACAACGACGGAAUCGAUCUUUUAAACAAAACUGGAGAACAGAUGGUGGCCCCAUUUUCUGGAAAAGUGGUACGUUCAGAGAAAGAGAAUGAAAUAAUUAUUUUGGAAUGUGGAGAGCUUCCACCUGGUUCAGAAUUGGUGAUAACAAAUGUUGAUCCUGAAGCAGACAUCAAGCAUCUGGACGAUCCAUCCUAUGAUGAAAAGAGGGUAUCUGCUGGCGUGGUCAUAGGAACUGUCACAGAAUCGCCGUGUGGUGAAUACAAUCAUAUUCAUUUGUCUAUUAGACGAGAUGGUGGAUUUGUUGACCCAAGCAACUACAUACCACAAAGACUGGUAGAAGUACCAAAAUGGAAACAGCUAUGUGAUGAUUAUAAAGUUGUGUAUAAGGACAAAACACUAGCAAGCGGCGUUAUAGUUGGUCCAGAUGGACGAGAGGAAGACGACACGUCGCAGGAUGUUCCAGUUGAUGAGUCACAGGCUACAGAUGAUAUGAACGAAGCUGAUCAACCUGGACAGGAUGUUCAAGCAUUAAAAGACGAUCCGGAUGGAAUGUAUAGCAGGCUAUCGAAAAGAAGGAGGAAACGGAACGUAUUGAAAAAGCUUAUGGCAUCAUUAGAAACGCUUGUCGACAACAUUAAAGGAUUCCUGAAGCGAUUCUCUAUUCGUCGAAUAAAAAUGGGUCAAAUCAUUCAAUUUCUUGAUGACCUAGGACUUGACAAGACCAAACAAAAAAUGGCAACAUUGAUGAAAACAGUUAAGGAAGCAAUCGAUCAGGAAACAUGUGGUAGUCCGUAUCAUAUGACCGAUGAAGAGUUAGAAAACGCACUGUUGAACAGGGGAAAGCAGGCAAAAGGCAACAGAGACGAUAUGAUAAAAGAAUUACUAAAAGUAGAACACACUUGUCCGUUUAUAUCAUUUUCACUACCAACGUCCAAAACAUUAUACUGUACACUGGAUGAGAAGUGCUUGGGACUUGAGUGUUGUUUAACACUUGAAGCGUUUGAUAUGCUACAAAAGACUUUCAGAGCUUACAUAAGGUUAGACCCGGAUCCGUUAGCAUUAUCAGUUGGACUGGAUUCAUGGCACAUCGUACUGAACUCCAGCAAACUUGUUGGCGAAAUUGAAGAUGUACUGAAGACACAUAUCAAAUUCGAUUUUUUGGAUGGACAAGAAAUCAUAAUCAAGUAUAAGAUUCAUGCCUCGACGAAAGGUGUGAAGUUGUCGGUUGGUGUUGGGCUUUGUGAUCCAGACGAUUUGGAUGAAUGCAUGAUAUACGUUGACUUACUCAAAGAUGCCAUAUUCCCCUUCCCUAAAGUAAACCCUGACGGAACAAUAUCCUGGGAAAUGCCGGAUUUCUCACAAAUGGCUGAAGACAUGGCAGACAAUUUAAUUGAGGGUGGAGAACAGGUGAUCGAGGUUGCUGUGGAUGAGCUUGUAGAUCUGUUCCUAGAACAAUUAGGCAUUUCAGAUGAUCUUCUACUGGAUGGACCACCGUUUCGCCCUCCAGAUACAUUAGAAGAAGAUGAAUUGAUUGAUUAUCUCAACGACAAAAAAUUACCGAUUGAUGGUUCUAAGCAAGACCUUCAAGAUAGAUACUGGAAGAGUAAAACAAGCUGUAGCCUGAAUGGAAUAGAUAUUCAUCUCCCGGAACUUCCUUUAAAAUUUUUACAUUAUGACAUUUCUGACGACUGUAUGCGUCUAAAUGCAUAUGUAGACAUAAGUGUUCCUGGUAUCGAUUAUACACGAACAUUCUCCGCCUAUGUUGAGUUGGACCCUUGUCGUUACGUUAUACGAGCGGCGUUUGAGAAGUGGAACACCACCGUGAUACUGUUUGAAUAUGACUGGGGCAAAGAAGAGGUCCUUCGACUUGCUGACGAUAUGUAUAUAACAUUCAACAUUGACAAAAACGAUGAGAAGAAAGUAUUCGUUAUUGAUCUCGGCAUACAAUGCAAAGCUGCUGACAUUGAUACAAAUUUACUGAAAGGAUUCGAAGUACCAAUCCCAGUCUGCAAUAGCAACUUUUCUUUGCAAGGAAGCCUAUCAAGUAUUGCUGAUGCACUUGGCGGACAAAUAAACAGGGAAGUCUUUGAUCUUCUGUUAAAACAAUUUGGAAUCGAUGGAAUCAUCAAAGAAGGUUCUUGCACAUUGCCACCACCUCCUACAGAAUGUCCUCCGGCUAUGAACAUAUCAACAAUGAUACCUUCAUUCAUGAAGAAUAUUUUACACUGCGAACUGGCUGACAACUGUUUUGGCAUUUCUUGUUGUGUUAAUUUUGGCUUUACAAUACCAUUGUCGUCUAUUGAACUAGAAGUAUCAUUUCCGGUUUGGUUUAGAAUGGAUCCAUGUGAUUUUCAUGUUGACACCGGAAUAGGUGCACUGCGAUUUGAGGAACAGCUUCUUAAAUAUGAAUGGGGCAAAGAAUCUACAGUACCAAUCGGAUCAAGCAAAGACGCACCCAUAAAAAUAAUUUACGCCAUAGACAACUAUGAGGAUGGAUUUAUCAUAGACCUCCGGGUAGACAUAUGUCUACCAAUUGCUGGUGAAAAACACUGUAUUCCUAAAGAUGGGCUGACACUCUUAGAGAAAGAAAAGAUUCCAGCCUGUAGCUUAACUGCAUGGUCUAACAUCACAGAUUUCUCACUAAAAGAUUGGAUAGAGUCAAAAGGAGAAAGUAUUGGAGAGCAACUGUCCAGUGCCGGCAGAGAUGCUCUCGUAGAUUUUCUUGGUUUGAAUGAUCUACUGCUGUCUCCGCCAUGUGACCGAAAGAGAAGUCCAUACAGUCCUUCGCUAAGUGGAUGGAACAACUUGUGCCCGCUGAGUUUUGUGAAUCUUCCUGCAUUGCCAAGUGUUGUCUCAUGCAGUGUCCCAGAUUACUGCACCGGAAUCAACUGUUGUCUUGAUAUAGAAGAAAUUGGACUUGCAAUAAAAGCCUACAUUGAUGUCAACAUGUGCAACUACAUUAUAUCUGGCGGAAUAGAAACACAAACAUUCAAAUUCUCAUUAUUCAAUUACGAGUGGGGUAAAACAGAAACGAAAUCAAUUAAGGACUUUUUCAGACUGAGUUACUCCAUUAAGAAGCCAAACAAUGAAAAAGUGUUCAUCAUAACACUGCAACUAGCAGUAUGCAUGGAAAAAGAUGGAAGUUGCAUGUUUGAGAAGAAAUUGUUGGACGGUACAAAGGUUCCACAAGUUGGAUGUGACAUGUCUUUUAAUUUUGCAAAUGAUUUAUGGGGAGAUGCUGUAAAGUUUGUAUCGGAAGUUAUUGGUCUUGACAAGUACUUUCUGGAGGAGCAAUGUGAUGUACAUAAAGAUCCCUACAAAAAUGCAACAAAUAGUUGGAAUAAUGAUUGUCCAAAAUUCAAAGUGGAUUUGCCAAGUUUACCAACAUCUACUGUCUGUCAUAUUGCUGCCUCAUGCACUGCAAUAGACUGCUGUAUCAGUGUUGAAUAUCUUAAACGUUCUUUACAAGCGUCUUUCGAUAUUGACUUCUGCAACUUCACAAUUCGAGGAAACUUGGAAAAGUCAACGUUUAACUUUAAUAUAAUUGAUUAUAAAUGGGGAAAACAAGCUGAAGAAACAAUAUUAGAGCUGAUUAAAAUCAGGUACACAAUAGACAAGACUGAGAAGAAUUUCGUAGUUGAUCUCUCUGUGGCUGUAUGCAUGGAUUCAAAAGCACCAUGUCAAUUUACAACAGAUAUAUUCAAGAAUACAAUGAUUCCGAUACCAGUAUGCAAUCUCGAUGCCGGAUUUAGUCUAGGAAAUUUUUCUCUGAAUAAAUGGCUGAAGGACGUUGGUCAUACACUUGAUGAUAACUUGCCAUCGUCAGUUGUUUCAUUACUUCUAAGCCAGUUAAACAUUGAUAAGUUCCAACAAAAGCCUCCAUGUGCUGCCACUGACCAAAUGUAUAGAGAUGCAGUGAAUGGAUGGAAAUCAGAAUGCAAUGCAUCAAUCUCGUUACCUAAACUACCGGAUGGAAUAGUUUGCCAUAUGACGGACUAUUGUACAGGCAUAGACUGUUGCAUAUCUGUUAACAUUCUAAGAACCACAAUCCAUACUAAAUUUCUCCUUGAUACGUGUAAAUAUAAACUAACGAUGGGAAUUGAAAAAUUAGAGGAGGAUGUACUCCUGCUGGACUAUAAAUGGGGCCAGCCGAGUCAUUUCACUCUUGGAGGAUUCUUUCGCAUAGAAUAUAAACUAGAUGACCUACAGAGUGAGAAGAAAUUCAUUGUUAACGUAAAACUGAAAAUCUGUUUUGAACAAGCGGACUGUUUGUUUGAAAUGGACAUUCUUACAGACGCAUAUGUUCCUAAGCCACUGUGUGACUGGAACGCUGGACUCACUGUACCAGACUUUUCUUUGACGAAGUGGAUGGACAACCUAGGAUAUGCUUUUGAUGGUGGCAAUUUAAAGGAAUAUAUGAUUGAAAAAUUGUUCGAUGCAUUAGGGAUCGCCAAAUAUCUCGAAGAGAAUGAGUGUAAUAGAGAUCUUUAUCCAUUUGCAAAUGCCACAAGUGGCUGGACGACAGAAUGUCCGAAGCCUAUAGAGAGCAGUGUACUUCCAGACUUUAUUACAUGUCACGUCCCGUCAUAUUGUACCGGAAUUGAUUGUUGUGUUCACGUUGGACUGGUCAAGCGUUCAUUUAAAGUGUACUUGCACCUUGAUGCAUGCAACUAUAUGUUCGCUAUUGGCAUCGAAAAAUUUGGACUUAAUGUAUCUCUCAUUGAUUACGACUGGGGCAACACAGAAGAAUUUUCAAUGUUAGGUGCAUUACGUAUCAGAUAUUCCAUUAUGAAUCUGGACACAGAAAACCAAUAUGUCUUAAAUUUGAAAAUGUCCAUUUGUUUGAAAUCGGCUGAUUGCGAAGAAAAUCUCAUUCUGUUAGAAGACGCACGGAUACCGAAAAUUGGUUGUGAAUGGAAUACAUCCCUAUCGGAUUUUAAGCUGGACCAGUAUCUAAAAAGUAUUGGAAAGCAAUUGGAAAACUUUGGAGACAGCUUACCCGGAAUCGUUGCUGAUAAACUUCUGGAAGAACUUGGCGUUUCAAUGUACAUGCUCCAGAACCAGUGUAAAUCAAUAGCUGUAGCUGAUAACAAUAUCAAGAAUGAGUGUGGCAAAUUAGAUAUUAACCUAAAAGUGCCUGAAAUAAUGACAUGUUCCAUACCAAGCCACUGUACCGCAAUCGAGUGUUGCAUCAGCAUCCCUUUGAUAGGUAGAUCUCUAAGAAUCUCAGUAGAUCUGGACGCUUGUGCAUAUCAGUUGACAGUUAGUGUGGAAAAGUACGCAAAACAUAUACGACUGUUCGACUACGAAUUUGGAACUUGGCAAAAACUCGACAUUAAAGGCGUUUUCAUAAUCGAGUACAUGAUUGAUGAUUUGAAGUCAAGCAAACAGUUUGUGGUUUCUGUACGAGUACUUGCUUGUUUUGAUGGAAGCAAGUGCAGUGUGGAUGUACCUAUAGUCGACAAUCUGUUACUUCCUAAACCAUUAUGCAACUUCAAUGGAACCUUCAAACUCCCUGACUUUUCUAUCAACAAAUGGAUCAAAGAUAAUGCAAACAAAGUGACUAAUGACCUUACGGAUAUACUAAGAUCGAAGUUAUUCGAAGAACUGGGUAUAACAUCGUAUUUACUGAAAGAUGAAUGCAAGGCCGGAGACUCCCUCCAUACUGGUUGGACAUCAGAAUGUCCUCUGAAUGGAUCGCUCCCUGCACUACCAGAUAAUAUAAAUUGUCAUCUGGUAAAACAUUGUACCGGUUUCUCAUGUUGUGUGAACGUCCCGUUCCUGAAGAGAUCAUUUUCGUUACAUCUGGAUAUGGAUAGCUGCAACUAUGCGCUUACAGCUGGCAUUGAGAAACUGGAAGCCAACAAGUCACUGAUUAACUACGAGUUUGGCAAGAAGACUAUGAUUGAUCUCUUUGGUAUAAUUCAGCUCAGCUACACUAUUGUUGAUGACAAGGACUCAUCAGUCUUCGAACUCUCAGCGGAAGUUGGUAUAUGCUUGGAUGCAAGCCUUCCUUGCAACCCUGUUAUACCAUUUCUGGAAAAAGUGGUUAUACCGAAACCACUGUGUAACUGGGACAUGGGAUUCAAACUUCCAGAUUUUACGAUUGAUGAAUGGCUCAAACAUCAUGGACUCACAACUUCUUCUCUCAAAGGCACACUUCUUGCAAAGCUUUUAGAUACGCUUGGAUUAUCCCAUUUCCUUACUGCUGACGGAUGUAGUCUUUCUGCAAUUCCAUACAAAGACAGUGUCGAUGGCUGGAUCAAAGAUAAAACACAAACAAAGACGUCAAAGGCGGUAUCGCACUUUGAUCUUCUGAUUGACAUGAUGAUAUAUCGUGUCAUACAGUAUCCAUUAGUUGUUUUGCGUCUACCUGGUAUUUAG